AUGUACAUGAUGUGCUCGGAUUUCACAAAGUACCUGCGAGUUGAUGGACCACUAAUGUGUGCGUACUCUACUCAUCACAGGGAGGCGCCUCUCGAGGAGAAGCCGCGGCAGCUGAAUUUCUGCAUGAUCGCUGUGGCUGCAGCUGCCGUGGUCCUUGGGGUCGCCGUUGUGGCCGCCUACCUUACGCGGGAACGCAACAGUGACACAGUUGAAAGACAUAGCGCAGUCAGCGUCGAGGACCGAGAGUACGGGUGCCGCUGUGUCUACGUGGGGAACCAUAAAGGGGCCGAGGCCGGCAGAAAGAAGGGCGGAAACAUCUGCGUCUGCCCCGAUGAACACCGGAAAAUGAAGACGACAGGAAAACCAGAAAGUUCACGGAAGCGUGACAAGGACUCUUUGAGGGAGACGGGCCGGCGGCGCAAAGCAUGAUCGCUGAAUGGAGUCCGUUGACGGACCAUCGCAGCACAGGGCGCUUGUAACAUUGCCGAAAGAAGUUUGCGAUGGAAUCGCCUGCAUGGUGUUUAUUUUUUAUAUUGCGCAUCCAAUAAAUCUUCUCUGCUGCGCGGUGUCACCAGAUGCCACGGAGAUCUACUUUCAUGACUACCACAGCACGAUGUGAGGGCGACGGACUUGGCGUGUCGUCGGCCUUACAAUAAUUUGGCAAGGGAAAAAGCGAAACCUUAAGCAGAGAGGGAAGUGCGGCGUCUAGCCAGGUCAGUGACGAUAGCGCGUUAUAUUGGUUGCUCGCUACUCGCACUACGCGAGAUGCCCGAUGCUGAUGAUCAGAUAUGAUGAGGAUGCGCUGUUACGGACAGGAUGCUACGCUUUGUAUGAUAAACAUUUAUGUUCAUGGUUGCAGAAGUCUUAGACAUAGAAAAGUGCAAAAUUGACGCGUAAAAUUUUGCG